GCAGAACUGCAACCGCAUGCACCAUGCGAAGAAUAGCUGGAGAAUGCCAAGAGCCUGCACGUCACUAUCUAAAAAGCAGGCGGACCAUGCUGUAGCCGAGAGGCUUUUCGGAUGAUUUCAUGGCUAUGUGCCUCGUCAACAUAUUAGCAUUUCUCCAAAUUGAGGAAUCCUUGGGAGACUGGAAUUGUCGGCAUUGUGCAACAUCCGAAAGCUAAGAGCAGUCAACCUGCAAUGUCGCUUCUGUGAGGUUGAAGGUCUGCCUUCAGAUACGAGCGAAGCAUGUAAUGCUGAGGACAGGCGUCAGGGAAGUAGAGGGUCAAGGAAGAUGGAUCCUUCCGCGCCGAACAACAGCUCCAGGAAUGCAACUUCAAGCAGCGCUUCUUCUUCUUAUUCUUCACCCCUGCGGCCCACCAUGGGUGAAUCGAACAAGGGCAACAGCUGCAUGGAUGAGGCCACCCCACAGAUGCAAGGCUGUCCCACUUUCCGGCCUCUGCCAAGCUCCCUUGUCCGAGACAUAGCAGAGUGGCGUCCAGAGGGGCUGAAGCAAGUGAAGGCACCCCUUGUUGAAACAGGGGAUGUUGAGGAUGAUCGAUCCUCGGGGGUCCUUUCCUGGGCACACUCUGCCAGGGUACGGCUGUCAGACUCGUCGCAGACCGUGGCUGCAGGCGUUGCCAGCACCUCAGGACGCCCCUUUGAGCAGACCAGCUUCGCCUCCGCAUCCCUGACACCUGUCCCAGACGAACCCAGUGCCUCUGAAUCACAAUACAGUGCCAGCUGGGCGGACAUUGACAGCUGGCGCCCCUCGGGUCUCUCCCCACUGAAGGCCCUUCGCCCCGCAGUUCCCCCCCCAGCUGUUGAGAUCCUUUGCAGGCAGCCUGUGUCUGCCCCCCGCGAGUUGCCCCUGGACCUGGUAGAGGCCAUUGCCUCCUUCCGGCCUUUUGGCCUGGCCCCCAUCCGUGUGCAGGCACGUGAUGAUGACAGUGAAGCGGACUCCAGCAGCAGUGCCGGCGGGACCCCUCAGGCGCCCCAUGCCAAUGACAGAGCCCCCACCACAGCAUUUGAGGUUGAGAGGCAAGCUGCAGACUGGCGGCCAGCUGGCUUGAAGCCCAUUCGCAUCAGGCGGGCAGCCAUAGAUGAAAGCCAGAACACCCCCACUGCACCCAAAGCUGCGGGCGCCAGCCUCCGCUGCGUCUUUGGGUCUCCAGAAAUGGACAGCCCGCGUGCCCCCCCCACACCGAACGAAGCAGACAACAGCCUAUCGCCCACGGUCAUCCCGGACCUGACUGCCUGGCGGCCGGGCCUCUCCCCCCUGCGCAUGUCCAGCCCGCCCCAGCCAGGCAGCGGCGAGCCCUCCCCCCGCUCGCAGGCCAGCCCGCUGCCGUCCCCGCACUCAGGCUCUCCUCGCCCGCGCUCGCGCGACACCGUUCGCCUGGAGCGCGACCUGGGGCCCCUCCCCGCACUGCUGGCGGAGGGCAAGCCCAGCGGCGCGGCGAGCGGGCGCAGCAGCCCAGGCACGCCGCGGUUCAAGAGCCAGGCGCAGCGCAAGGGCCUCACCAUCCAGAGCCGGCUGCGCCGCGACGACGCAGACAGCAACGCGGACAGCGAGAACACGCCCCCGGGCAGCAUCACUCCCAGCGUCACACCGGGGGCGUCCACGCCAAAGGCUUCCACCCCGAAGUCGCCCGGGCCGUCCCCACUGGUACCCUCCAACAGGCAAAGGGCAGCGCAGGCAGGGCGGUGGGGGGAGAAGGAGGCCAAGAAGAGCGGGGCAGAGAGCACGGCAAAGGACGAGCUUGCUAGCGCUGUGCAGCUGCUGGUUGCCCUUCCCUCGUUGGCGAUGCUGGACCGUUCAAGCCUUCAGGACGUGGCGGGAGCGGCGAAGCUGCAGCGGUAUGGACCGUCCGAGACCGUGGUCCACCAAGGCGCUCCGGUGGACACUCUGCUCCUGGUGGUGCGCGGUACGCUGGCGGCCUGGCAGGACGGUACGGCCACGCCGCUCUUCCACCUCUCCGAGGGCGCCGCCUGCCCGCAUCGCAUCUCAGCGGCAUCCCUCCCCGGGUGGGCUGCCAGCAUGGUGGCCGGCGAGCAGGGCGCCAGCUGCCUGCUGGUACCGCUGCACGCCAUCCACAAGAGGGCCACGCCGCCCAGCGCGGGGCCGCCCGACCAGGGCCUGGCAUCGGAGAGCGUGUACUGAAGGAACAAGCGGCUCUCAGCUGUGGAUAUUAACCUUCAAGUUGAUGCCAAAAUCUAUGUUGUUGCUGACUCGUGUUUUGGAAAAUUCACAAUCCGGGUCCUUCAUCGAAGACGUGUGUUGGAUGCAAAGAGUUUCGUCCGACCUGGUUCUAAGAAAGACAGCUUUUAAGUUGCAAUUAUCCGCGGUGGUGAAUGAGCGUUGGGAGGACGAGUAGCUGCAGAGAUUGAAGACGGGUAGACAAUUUCUGACGUCGAACAAAGGCCUUGGUCGACUGGUGCACGCGGCUGUAUAAUAGACUAUUAGAUUGAAGUUAACGUAUAUGUGAGACUCCGUUUAAAUACACUAGCAGGUCCAAUGCAAG